AUGCAAAGCCUGGCUUCGCCAUCCGUCAUCAGGAAGCAGCGCACCCUGCGUCAACUGCAGGCCGAAUGCCAUGCGGCCAAAAGGACGCUUACCUCGUCAAAGCAGGCAUCCAUCGAGGCUGAGGCCAGAUCCGCCGAGCUGAAAGCAGGGCUUGUGCGGGACGUGCAACGCAGCCUCGAGGCGGGCCAGUCACGGGUCGCAGCAGCUGAGAGAGACCUGGAGGUGCAGGAGGUGGAGGGCAAGGCUGCACUUUGGCGUGAAGACAUCUGCAGAUCGCAGAUCAAGCGAGUUGCUGGGGAGCUGAAGCAAAGCAGCAAGGAGCAGCUGGGGCAGCGGAAGAAAGAGUUGGACUCGAUGCUGGAAAGGGUGGCGGAAUACGAGCACCUCAAGAAAACACCUCAUCAGGACGCGCAGGUGUCCAUGAUGGCAAAAACAGAGGAGGUGUCUCACCGAGGGCAAUGUGCAGCUCUGGAAGCACGGCAAAGAGUAGGAGAAGAGAUGGAAGACAUCGCCAAGCGUAUCGAGGUUGCCAAGGAGCAGCUGGUAAAGAUGCGGGUGAAGUGCAGCGCGAAUGUAAAGGAGCUGAUGGGACGAUUCGAGGAUGCAAAAUGCAUCUACGAAGCAAAAGUAAAGGAAGUCGCCGAGCAGAACGAGGAUCUGCUCCAGCGCCUGGCAAUGAUCCGGGCCGAGCAUGAGGACCAUUGGCACGAAAGCUUACAGAAAAACAGCCAGCUCCAGAAGGAGCGGCAGGGCGCGAUCCAGCAGAUCGCCUCGCGAUCCCAAGAGCUCAGCCUCUCGCGCGCGGCUUUCUGCCAACAGAAAUCAGCAGAGUCCCGGCGCCAGGCUGAAGCACGCCUGGAGCAGAUGAAGAGACACGUGCAGGAUGUCCGUUGCCGGUGCCGCGAACGGGUCCAGCUUGGGAAGGAGAUGGCCCAAGAGAAGGUGCGCAUUGCCCAGGACCGCUUCGCGGAGCAUGUGCAAUCUUCCGAGCUUCGGGCCUCCGAGGCUUUGGAUAUCCGGGAUAAGGCGAAAGCUGAAUUCCAAGCAGCUCUGUUCCGCUGCUGCGGGGCAGCUGACGAGGCACACCGCCGCGGUCUAGCGGAGGUCGCUGAGAUUCUGAUGCCAUUCGAUGCCUGGCGCGGCUUCUCGCCGGCAGGACUCAGGCCGCACACUGCCGAGGCAUCCACUCGGCCCGUGACCACGUCCAGCGGCGUUGAGGUUUGGACGCUGAAGGUCCAUACGGCAGUUGGCCUUGAACCAGUCGGAUGA